AUGUCUCAUACAGGUGCUAGUGAUGAUAAACAGAGGACUCUCCAAGAAGCCGAAAUCCGAGCAAGAAAUGAUUUCACUCUACAAGCUAUGCAUCAACAAUUCGAGGGAUGGAACUUGCAAUUCCAAGAGAUAAGGGAUACUAUUGUCGAACAAAAUGAGACAAUAGCUGCACUUAGGAGGGGAAAUCAACCUGAUGUACAACCUCGAAAUAAUCCUAGGCCUCUUAAUAGAAGAAAUGUACCCCAUGCCCCCAUUGUAAAUCAACAAAACCCUAUAGAUGAUUUUGUUGAUGAUCUUGAUGUAAAUCUAGAUAGGGUGGGAAGAGAUAGGAGGGGACAACGAGGUAGAGUAGAAGAUGAUAAUAUUAGCAGCAUAAAAAUGAAGAUGCCAUCUUUCAAGGGCACAAGAGACCCAGACUUGUACCUUGACUGGGAGCGGAAAGUUGAGGCCAUCUUUGACUGUCACCACUACUCUGAAGGUAAGAAGCUUACAAGAGACAGACAACAAGAUGGAGAACCAUCCAUUGCUACUUGGACCGAGAUGAAGAGAGCCAUGAGGAAGAGGUUUGUGCCUUCCCACUUUCAAAGAGACCUGCAACUGCGUCUUCAAACCUUGAAGCAAGGAACCAUGACUGUUGAUGAAUACUUUAAAGCUAAGGAUAUUUCUAUGAUCCAAGCUAAUUGUAUGGAAGAAGAAGAGGCCACUAUGGCUAGAUUUUUUAAUGGUUUAAAUAGAGAAAUAGCUGAUGUAGUAGAGAUACAACAAUAUGUAACUAUAGAUGAAUUAGUAAAUUUGGCUGUAAAAAUAGAAAAGCAAAAUAAAAGAAGGCAGCAAGCUAGCUCAUGGAGAAGUCGGCCAAACACCAAUUCCAAGAAGCCAUGGCCAAAACAAGAAGUGAUUUCUAGACCUCAAGAAGACAAGGGGAAAGGUAAAGUUGAUGAGAAAGAGGGAAGUAAAGCUUUCAAUUCUAGAUCCUCUAAACCUUCUAGUUCCAUUCAAUGUCAUAAAUGUCAUGGAAGAGGCCAUAUGAUGCAUGAAUGUCCAAAUAGAAGAAAUAUUCUGUUGAGAGAAGAUGGAGGAUAUGAGAGUGAAAAAAGUGAGGAAGAAGAGAGAGGAGUAAGUGAAGAUGAUGUAGAACUUCCUAAUGAUGGUUUGGUUGGGGUAAUUAGGAGGACUAUAGAUGGAGAAUAUGAGGGAGAAAAAAGUGAGGAAGAGGAAGAAGAGGAAGGUGUGAGUGAAGAUGAUGUAGAGUUACCUUUCAAUGAUGGUUUGGUUGGGGUAGUUAGGAGGAUUAUGACUAUUAAUUUAGGAAUCAGUAGUGAAGAACAAAGAGAGAAUAUAUUUCAUACUAGGUGUGGAAUAAAGGGGAAAACUUGUUCUAUGAUUAUUGAUAGUGGUAGUUGUGCUAAUGUGGUGAGUUCACACUUGGUGAACAUGUUAGAACUUGCAUGCAUGAAACACCCUAAGCCCUAUAGACUCCAAUGGUUGAAUGAUAGUGGUGAACUGAAAGUCAACAAACAAUGCAUGAUUUCCUUCAAUGUUGGUAGGUAUGUGGAUGAUGUUCUUUGUGAUGUGGUUCCUAUGCAAGCUUGUCACAUCUUGUUAGGUCAUUCAUGGCAAUAUGAUAGGAAUGUUUUUCAUGAUGGAAGAAAGAAUAGAUAUUCUCUUGAGCUUAAUGGCAAGAAGUAUACUCUUGCACCUUUAAGUCCUUCUCAAGUGUUUGAGGAUCAAAAGAGAUUGAGAGAAAUAAUGGGAAAACAAAGGGCAGGAAAAAAAAUGAGCUUGAGGGAAAAGAAAAGAAAGAAGGCCAAGAGGUAG